UGCUACCACCAUUCAAAAUGACGCUCUACUACUCAAUGUGCUUCAUUCUUCUCACCGCAGAGAUGGUCUUCUUUCUCGUCCUCAUCGCUCCUCUCCCCUUUGCCAUCAGACGCAAGUUCUUCACCUUCCUCUCCGAGUCUCCCAUCGUUGGAAAAAUCGCCUACGCACUCAAGAUCAUGUUCAUCUUCGUCGCCAUACUAUUCGUCGAUGCGGUGCAGAGGAUGUUCAGGACGACCGCUGAAGCAGAUCUGGCAAGGUUGAAUCAGGGGGGUGCGGACGUCCGUGCUGAAGCGAACUUUGCUGCCAAGAAAUUCUACGCACAACGCAAUAUGUACCUUACGGGUUUCACCCUCUUCCUAUCCCUUGUCCUCACCCGGACGUUCUACAUUAUCUUGGACUUAAUCCACACCCAAGAAGAGUACGCCAAGCUGAAGAAGGCAUCACAAUCAGGUGACCAGACCGCGCAGCUUGAAGAACUUAGGGCAAAACUCGAGCAGGCAGAGGCGAAAGCGCGUGACUAUGAUGUUCUCAAAUCACAAGCAACCAACCAAGCGAAGGAGUAUGACAGGCUGGCUGACGAGUACAACGCAGCCACGAGCGGGAAGAGCGACAAGAAGGCAGACUAAACAUUGCCUCAUUGUGUAUGGAGGAGAUGUUGUGGAGCAGUUGCCGAUGAGUGAGGGUGACAGCUCCCCAACGUUUUAUAUCCCUUUACUCUACUUGAUUAAUUUGUAUCGAACAUAGCAUUGUGCACGCUAUCCUACGUGUCCGCGAUAUGCCUCUUCCACUCUUCGAAUUCUCUUCCAUAUCCCUCUGCUCGCAUAUACGAUGCGAUGCACCCAUUCCAGUCGACUGUGUCAGCUCUCAUCAGCAUCGGCUUUCUCUUUCCCAAAUAUUGUGUUAGCUUGACAAUCGCGUUUCCCUCCAACUCGGGCUUCCAGUCCGGUAAACCGUCUUCAUCCACUCCUGCAGCUCGGCACCACCGAACAAGCGGCGCAAGUCGCACAGUAUCGACAGCAGGGCACGCAUGAGAGAUGUACAACACCCGCUCACGUUGGUUCUGCAGGUUUCCUAAUUGCUCGGAUUCGGACCAGUUGAUCUCCAGGGUGAGGGAUCUCAGUCGGGGAAGCGAACUAAGAUCUUUCACUAGUUUAGACGCUGGAUCUAUAUCGGAUGGCAGCAUCGUGCUACGACUUGGUCGGCUGUUGAUGCUCACUCCCG